GCGAACACGUUUUUCUCCACUAAACGUAUCCGGUUUCCCACCCCAGAAGCUCAAGGCCGGGAACACCCUACCCCGAUUCCUUCGCAGCACUUGCACCAAGAAAUAUGGGGAACACAUGCAAUAUCGCGCAAUGCUGGAGCAUCGCUUGACGACGAGGUGAAGGUAAUCACGUGGUAAUCACUCGGAGAACUGUUUCGAGUGGUGACCUGGGAGGGAGGCAGAAAGGGGCACAAGAUGGCACACGGUUUGCAAAAUCAAUCACAGUUCAUCACAUUUCUCCAAUCGCAAUCCCUUGCAGGGUUGGAAUUUGUGUACACCAAACGAUUCAAUCAUAUUCAAUCAGGUGUUGAAUCAAAUCGACCACCUCUUCAUUGGGGAGAUGUGUUUUUUGUUUGGGAUGGGCCUAUCGACGGGAGCUCACGAAGACUCCAAAUCUGAGAGGAUUUGUUCAAGGCUCCAGUCUUCACCCUGGUCAUAUGGUCAUAUUGGGCGAGGAGAGAGAGGCAGUCCAUGGCACCCGACUUCACAGGUCACCACCUGCCACUUUUAAGUCUCCCUUUCAGCCACCAGAGGAGACCUGUUGUUGGAGGGUGCUGGAGAAUAUGAUUGCAUGUUUCCUUGGGUUUCUUGUUGUUCGUGUAUGAAAUGGUGUGAACAUCCAGAUAAAAACAUCUAUCGGGCUCGGGAGAACCCGAAGGUCGGGGCGUAGAAGUUCUUCGGUUUCAAGGCCCAGACACCGAGCGGUUCCAAGCUGGUACUGAUUGGUCCAAAAGUGAAUCUGCCAAGAUCCGAUAAGUGCACUGACUGAUCAGGACUAUUCAUGACUGGAUGACGGUGGAUGACUAGGCCUGCUCUUUGAUAGUAGCGCCCAUGAGCGGCCAUGGUGGCUCAACCCUCAGCCUCGGACCAUGCGCUCACUGGCAGCUGAAGUCCUUCCUGACUUGGAGGAGCCACCCGCGAACCCUUUGCGUGUGAAGCCUUGUAAAGAGCAUCAUCGGGAGUUUUGGUUGCCACCAAUGGCCAAGGGCCUCAAGGUGCCCUUGGAUGCAGAGGUGAAGGAGCAGCAACGCGACUUUCGGACGAAGAGCCACGCGUGGGCGCGGCCGGUGACCAACUAUCGCUCGGACAAUUGGUACAUCGAGAACCACUGGGCCAUGCAUUCCUUGCGGAAGAGCAGCUCCGAGUCUCAGAUCGCGGCGCGACAGCCUUGGACCAGCAGCAAGCAGUUCCAAUCCUGUUGUGUGGGAGGUGUGGGUGGUGGACGUCCCGGCAGAAACACAGGUCUCUACGAGGAGUCCUUUGUGAGCUGGGGCCCCUACCAGCCUCCGAAACAUGGGCUGUGCACCUCUGACGUGACCAAGGGGGCUGAAGAGAUUAUCCGGCAAAAAGCGCUGGAGCGGAAAUAGCUGAAGCAUCGGCGCCCAAAUGGCUGGGCUGGGGCAGAUGGAGCAUUUGGAGUUUGCAGGGUGAGCAUCACC